AUGACACAAGAAGUUAAAGAGACGUGUGAGAUGAAAUUCCGAGCUUACGACAGCGUGACAAACAGUGUUCGUGUAGUCACAGUUUUGUUUCCCACUCCGGAGGUUUUCACUGAAAAACUGAAUGAGGAACUUUUCCUAAGAAAUACACAGCCGAUCUCUAAAACAGAGUUUGACAAUCAACUCAAAAUAUAUUACGACGGCGUAAGGUCAAACGCUAGACUACAAUAUACUCAAAACGGUGAUAUCUCGCUCAAAAUAUCUGAUAAGAAGUAUGACCUCAUCCAGAAAGGUAACACUUAUACUGUCGUUAUUCCAAAGAAAUUGUAUGUAAGAGAUUCAAUUGAACAUGAAAAUCUCAUGUCCGCAUAUCAGAACGUUUUGAAAGAGCGCGAAAGGUUAGACAUAUUUAGAGGAGACCAGAUAAAGAUAUUUCCUGUAACACUUUCAAAAAGUUUUCUGGAGAGCGACGAAGAAGAACUUGAAAAUGAUGACCAAACUGAAAAAAGACUUCUUGACAUCAAGAAUGGGAAAGAUGAUGAUUGA